AUGGAAGUCUCUAACGAUCUUCCAUACAACUAUUACUUCGAAUCUUUUGGACCGCAUUAUCGACUUCACAUUGAUCCCUCAAAUGCUAAUAAUGAGAAUACUCCAGAAUUUUUGAGGAAGAUUCAGAGUGAUGGAGAGAACUUACGACAUUUACCGCAUGUGCUAGGUGUGCAAAUGCAGUCGGUCGGCGAUGAAUCUUUUACCACAAGAUGCCUUAAUGUCGAAGAAGGUGAUCGUGACAAUGCAAAUCCGGAUGUCCGACUACAUCGUAAGGGUUAA